AUGGCGACAGUUAACGGCGUCACAACCAUUAUCCCUCCACCGAAUGGCUACGAGGUCGACUUCGCGAACCCACAGCGGAGGCUGGUGACGGAGACGUAUGUGGUCUUCAUUGUCGAGAACAUCUUGGCCCUUGCGUUUCUUGGGCAGCGGCUCUACACCAAGAUUCGGCUUAUGAAGCAGUUCCAGAUUGACGAUGGUAUGGUGUCCGAUGACAGUGGCAGUAUAACUCUUCUGACAGAGCUCAUUCUGGCCGCCCCAGUCGUGUAUGCUCCUUGCACAGCCCUAACGAAGGUCGCACUCUGCAUCUUCUACAGUCGUCUCUCCCCGUCCGUAGCCUUCCAAUGGGCUGUUUGGAUCACCCUUUUCGUCUGCGCUGCUAGCUGGGAUCCUCUACUGCUCGCAACGGCAACAUGCGUCAACAGAGGGGCGAUCUAUAUUGCCACUGCUGUAAUCGGAAUCGUGACGGAUGUGAUGCUGAUGGCCAUCCCCAUUCCGACCGUCUGGGGUUUGCAAAUGCCGACGAAACAGAAGAUUGGACUGACGAUCAUGUUUUGUGUUGGAUCAAUCACAAUGGUCACUUCAAUCAUUCGCCUCAUCGUGUUGAUCCCAGCUUUGACAGACAUGGACCAAACCUGGAUCAUAGCGGUGGGUUGCUUGUGGAUCGUCGUCGAAUCGAAUUUGUUCGUCAUAUGCUGCUGCUUGCCGACCCUGCGACGUUUCCUUAAACACGCGGCCCCGCGAUUAGUCGGCGAGAGUCGCGGAUCUGAAAACAAAGAUUCCUCAGGUCGCAAUCGCGGGCUGCGCACCUGGGGAAGUGAUGGAAACGCGAAGCGCAAGUAUGAUACGUUGAUGCGCACUGUAGACGGCACGCAACGAGACGGCGACGAUGAGAUUCCUCUUGCAAGCGUGGCACAUAAAGCCUCGGAGGGACGAGAGGCCAAGGUGCCGACCGGGCGCGUCUCCUACAAGGGGGACAAUGAUAGCGAGGAAGCUAUCUUGUACGAGCGGACCGUCCAGGUCACAUAUGAAGGGGGUAACGGAGGCGACCCUGCGAAUCCAUACUCACGUCAGGUCUGGCCAGACGGGCACCUGGCACCCAGGGCCCUGUAA